AUGCUCGUCGGAGGAUCAUCUCGAACGUACCGCGAACCACAAACUAUGCACAAUCAUAAUCAGCAUGCUGAUUUAUCGAUCAAUAAUGAUCCAAUAGAUAGUUAUCUAUCUCAAGAUGGAAAAAAUCUAUCAUCGCGAAUGAUACAAGAAGUUGCUUCAAGUGUUAUUAUCGAAAGUUUAUCGGCUGAAUGGUGGACAUCAAAAUUAUCUCAAACAAUUAUUAAUGAUUUACUUGAAAAUCUUAUUCCAUUGGUAGUUUUAGCCUGUGAAAAAGUUAUGAACGAAGCCGAUGAACGUCAUCUAAUUGAAACAACAACACCGGAUCGUUUAUUUAAUCCUUUAAAUCGUUUAGCAUCAUAUUUGAUGCGUAAUAAUCCAAAAUAUAUACAUUAUUCAUCAUUAUCACCGUAUCAUUAUUCAAUGAAAUCAUUGUUAGAUACGAAAAAAGUUCAAGUCUUAAAAGUAUAUGGUGAAGAAGAAACAUUAUUACGUACAUUAAUUAAACAAAGACAAGAUGCACGUCAUGAUCAACACAAUGCCGUUUCAAAGGAAGAAGAACGACGAAAGAAUUUACUAAAAACACUCUUCUUUGAUUGGAAUGUACCUGAACGAGGCUGGAUUCAAACGAAACUCAUAAACAAUAUGAUUGAACAAUUGUAUGAACUAUCAACACAAAAUGAUUUAAAAUUAGAUAUACCUUUGUUUCAAGCACAUCGAAUGCAUCUUGGCACAUUUACAGAAAAUAUUCUUACUGGUUUAAAUAAUCAAUCAGCAAAAAAGUUUGAUUCAAUUAUAAAUGUAUAUCGUCAUUGUGCACAAACAUAUGCAAAUAUUGUUCAAGAACAUGAACUUAAUCUUCUAUUAAAACGUCUUUUUAAUAACUUGGAUGAUAGAAAAAGUGGAUAUCUUCUUCGACAAGGUGUUAUGAGGCUAUUACAAACAUUUUAUAAUGCAUUAAAUGAUAAUGAUAAACAAUAUGUAAAUCAACCAAAUCAAUGGCCUGUUGUUAAACAAAAAGUAGUAAUUGAAGAGAUGCCAAUUGAGAAUUCACCAGAACUAGAAAGAGUUCAACAAGAAAAGCCGACGAAUGAACCAGUAACAAACGAACAAGAGCUUUCAUCAUCACCUGGAGAUGAUGGCAAGGAAAAAAAUAAUGAUGAACAAGAACAAGUGAAUGAUGGACCAAAAAAAUAUACUAUUGAGUUAAAACCUAUUUCAGUUUAUGAAUUUGAUUAUCGUUUUACAAAAGAACUCACACCUAUAUAUAAUUUAGAACAUUUCGAAACAGAUGAUCAUGAUAAAUCAAUUCGAUUUGAUGAGCAACUUAUCGAUAAAGCACAAUUUAGUGCUUUAUUGAUAUCAUUUUUUGGUUUGAAAAAAAAUGACAUGAUUAUAUCCGCAUCAAUCGAUUAUUUUCGUUCAAAAUAUAGAGAAACAACUGAAGAAAAACAUGAAAAAGAAUUACUGGUACAACAACGUAUUACUGAUAAACAACAACGUUCUCACAGUGAUUUACUCUUCGAAAAAAUGAAUACAACAUGUACAGGCGUUAUUAAAAUUGAACAAUUGACCAAUAUUCUUAAACAAUAUAAAGAAGGAGCUGCACUUGAAACAGUCGAACUAGCUCUUCAAGCGUAUCAAGAUCAAACACAAUUGAGUAGUGCCCAAUUUUUCGAUCUUCUUGUUAAUGUUCAUCUAACACUCAACGAUGCAAUGGGUGGUGGUGAAAAAUUUGAUGAUCUUCUUAAAUAUAUUGACAGUCAACUACCACCGUUGAAUUCAUCCGAUCGCACACGUAUUCAUAAUCGCCAACAAUGGUUAAAACGUAUACGUAAUAUUUCAUUUCGAACAUUGGAUAAUCUCUAUAAGGAAGUUAUGGAUAUCAUACAAAAAGAUUCGGAUACAUUUGGUAAUCCACCGCCCAAACAUUUAAGCAUUUAUAUUGCUUUAUUGAACGAUGAUAGAAAUCAAUUACGAUAUGUUGCUACAACGAAAGAUCAAGAAAACUUAUUAUUAGAUAAAGCAUUGCAACAGGGCGAAGGCGUUUCUUUUCAAGUACUCGAGACUGGAAAAUGGGCGUAUUUCAAUCAAACAAAAAAACAUACACGUAUUAAAUUUUUCAAUCCACUUGCUCAAAAGCAAUCCGGUAGUUUUGUUAUAAUUCCAUUAAAACGUUUACAACAGACGCAUGCUUAUGGUUUAUUGGGUAUUGAUACAAUACAAGACAAGAAGGAGAAAGCAUUUGUUCAACACGAAGUACAAUUUUAUGAAGGCAUCGCUUCAGCAUUAGCCGACAUAUUUACAUUUGUUGAUUUUGAUAAGAAUAUGAUGAAAAUUCUUCAGCGUUUUACCUACUGGAUAAAACAACGAUGUUCCAAUGUAUCAACUGUUGAUUAUUACACUUAUGAACCUGCAUCAAUGAAUAAUCCAGCAGAACGUUUACUUAAACAUGUUAUUAGAUAUUCAAAUGGAAAUUUAACAACGUUUGACAAACCAAAAACAAUCAACAGUCGUGAACAAGUGUUCAAAUACCAUUUGGAACAUGCUGCUGUCACGUGUCAAUCAAUAAUAGCAUCAUUUCUUGGUCAAACUCAUAUGAUACAAGCAAUACGUGGAAGAGAUAAUUUCUGUUUUGCUUUAAUUGAUACAAUUAUUGGUGAAAAAGAGGAACUACAAAGUUCAGAAAAACAAGACUUAAUAUCUAUGUAUACUUGUAUUUCCAAGAGCGUUGAUGAAUUAGAAGAAGAAUUAAUUCAUGAUACUAUAAAACGAGUGCUGAAUUAUGAACAAAAAUCUGAUAAAAAACGGUUAACUUAUAUUUUUGAUCGUACAUGGUAUACAGAUAUAUGUGAUACAAUUAAACAAUUAUCAUCAGAAAAAGUACAAGAAUUCAUUAAUGAUAAAACGCAAUGGAAUGAUGAAACCAAACAAAUUCUAUCUCUUAUUAGUCGAAUUGUUAAACAGAAAGAAUUAGAUCCAAAUGAAUACAUCGAAGGGCUCUUGCCACUCAUGAUAGAAUUCGAUCCAACAGCAGAAGAGCAUGUUCAAAAUAAUUUAUGGGCUGGCGUUGAACCAUUGAUACAAACCAUCGAUCGAUCAAUAUGGCAACAACCAUCAUCUGAUGUAAUUAAAAUCUUCUACGAUUGGUUGAAUCUUGCCUAUGAACUCAAGACAUUUUCGAAAGCUCAAUAA